AUGACACGUACCCCUUCUCUCAACAUCCAUGACUUUACAGUCGGCUGGAUAUGCGGACUCCUGGUGGAAUACACCGCCGCCCUAAGCAUCCUAGAUGAGAUCUACCACACCGUCACCGGCAUCCUACCAGCCAAGAAUGACCACAACAUCUACACCCUCGGCCGCAUCGGCAACCAUAACGUCGUGGUCGUCUCUCUGCCCACAGACUCCCCAGGCAUAGUAUCCGCAUCCAUUGUCGAGGCAAAUAUCCGGACCACUUUCCCCUCGAUCCAGUUCUCUCUCAUGGUCGGAAUCGCCGGUGCCUCGCCCCAGCCAAAGAAUGAUGUGCGCCUCGGGGACGUGGUAAUCGGGACAAAAGUCGUACCCUAUCUAUUCGGCAAAACUACCCCCCACGGUUUCGAAUACACGGGAUAUGUUCCUCGUCCACCGGACAUUCUCCUCCGUCGUGUCAAUCAUAUGAUGUACCGCUGUAUGGUUAAUCUGGAUAUUGCACUACUCAUCGAGGAAAAGACCCGACACCUGCCCAAUCCAUUAAGACGCAUGUUUCUACGCCCGGAAAUGGCAGAUCGACUAUACAUCUCCGACUACGUUCACGAGGAAGAAUGCAAUUGCCAGAUUUCUUCAUCGCCGAGUCCAUCACAUCUCAUAUCCCGCGACCCUCGUCCACCAGGCCCUCAACUUGUAGUCCAUUCCGGGACCAUUGCCUCCGGGGACCAGGUGAUGAAGGACGCGCGGACCCGCGACGAGUUAGCGAAACGUUUCAACAUAUUGUGCUUCGACAUGGAGUCCGCGGGGUUAACGCGAGGUGCAUUGACGAUUCGUGGGAUCGACAACUACGCCGACUCUCAUAAGAAUGAUAAGUGGCAUGGGUAUGCGGCCAUGGCUGCUGCGGUGUUCGCAGCGGAGUUUCUUAAGAUGGUUCCGGUUGGCGAUGUACCUGUGCCUAAUGGACCUCCUAACAUGACGAAUGAGAUGAGGGUGUUGAUAGAUGAGGUUAGGCGGAUCAAGGAUGGUGCUGCAAAUGAGCGGACAGCGAUAUUGGCCAUGAAUGCGAAGUUGGGAAUAUUGGAGCAACGACUGGGGCGGUUGGAUCAAUUGGAGGAGACGAUCAGGAACGUCGAGAGCAAGGUCGAUCUUGCUAUGGAGCGGCUUUGGAGUUGUGAGGAUAUUCAUAAUCGAGUUUGGGCUUCCCCUGGAAGCGAAGGUGGUGUU